GAUUUUAUUUCUCUUACUUUUAGGUAAAGAAUAGAGUAUACCAACAUAAAUAUUGAAGCUUAUUUUGUUAUUUGUACUAUUUCCUCAGUAUUGGUGUUCAAUAUGAGUUUUAUGUAAGCUGGAAGUAGAUACAGUGCCUUACGAUGUCUGAUCGACUUACUAACUCCAGAAGGUUUGCCUAUCCUAGGUUUUUAGCUGGGAUGACAAAGUACAUGGUGAUGCUGCCAGCUGAGAUAGGAGACGAGGUAGAACAAAUUGUGGGAGUAGGAAGAAGAUGACUAGUUUAAUUUUGGGCAGACGGGCUUUGAAUGUUGAGGUAAUGCAGGUUUAUUACAUGGGAACAGUGUUCCUGUGCUGAUAGUUUAAUUAGUGUAGUGUAUACUUAUUUAAGGAGGUAACUUGAGGAACAGAGAUGUAAAUCAAUAUGCUUGUAUUUUCUGUCUGUUUCUCUUUGCAAAUGACAUAUCCUUGAAAUGAUCACGUUUUCUGAACCUGAGGGUCAAAAUAAAGGAGGAAAUGAGCCCGGUGAAUUAGCAAACGGGGAAGUGGGAGGUGACCAGAGUGAGAGGAUGAAAAAUCAAAUUAAGCAGACGAUGGACAUUUCUCGGACCCAAACUGCAAUAUCGGUGGUUGAAGAGGAUCUAAAACUUUCACAAGUUAAGCUUAGAGUGUCGAUGUCCACUGAGUGUAACCUGAAAGACCAAAUAAAGAAAUUAGAAGAUGAUCGCAGUUCCCUGGAGGCUGCCAAAGCUGGACUAGAGGCUGAGUGCAGCACCUUGAGGGAGAAAGUGGAGGUUCUGAACGAGCUCUAUCAGCAGAAGGAGAUGGCUCUGCAGAAGGGAGAUGUGGGAAGGGAGGGUUGCUCUGGAAAUAGAUUACGAUGUGUAUGGUAUGGGUUUAGUUGGGAAUCACCCCCAUUAAUAUCCCUUGCGGUCGUCCUGCUUUCCCUUCCACUUGCAUGUACAACCAACAACAUGACUACGGUGAAACUGUUGACUCCUGUGCCACCCUUUCACCUGCCUGAGCUGUCUGUCAGUGGGAACAAAUGGGAGUGCAGUUUCAUUGCACUGGUUCUGCUGUUUGGACAAGUGCCUGACAUCUGCUUCCCUGGGUUUCAGCUUUUACUGGUGUUGGUGCUUUUGUCUGUCAUACCAGAGUACUUCAGAACUUUAAUUGCUUCUGCUCUGCAGGUGAAUAUGGCUACAAAAGGGCCCCCUCAUUUCCCAGGGGUGCCCUUCAUGGGCUCCCCUGUGGGAGGCCCUCUCCCACCGCCCAUUCGCUAUGGACUGCCGCCUCAACUCUCCGGGCCUCCACCGCCCAAGCAGUACGGACUGCCGCCUCAACUGUCCGGGCCUCCACCGCGCAGUCAGUAUGGACUGCCGCCUCAACUCUCCGGGCCUCCACUGCCCAGUCAGUAUGGACCGCCGCCUCAACUGUCCGGGCCUCCACCGCCCAGUCAGUAUGGACCGCCACCUCAACUGUCUGGGCCUCCACUGCCCAAUCAGUAUGGACCGCCGCCUCAACUCUCCGGGCCUCCACCGCCCAAUCAGUAUGGACUGCCGCCUCAACUCUCCGGGCCUCCACCGCCCAAUCAGUAUGGACCGCCGCCUCAACUGUCCGGGCCUCCACCGCCCAGUCAGUAUGGACUGCCGCCUCAACUCUCCGGGCCUCCACCGCCCAUUCAGUAUGGACCGCCUCCCCAGCUCUGCGGGCCCUUUGGACCUCGGCCACUUGGUCCACAAUUCGGUCCUGGUCCAUGCCCACCACUAGGCGUAAGAGAAUAUGCACCAGGUGUUCCACCUGGAAAAGGGGACCUGCCUGUCGACCCUCGAGAGUUUUUACCGGGACACGCACCUUUUACACCUCCAGGCAAUUUUGUCCCGAGAGAAUACUUUAUUCCUGGUGCCCAAUUACCACCCCCAACCCACGGCCCCCAGGAUUAUCCACCUUCUGCUGCAAGAGACUUACCACCUUCCGGCUCUCGAGAUGAGCCCACGUCUGACUCGCAGAGCAGUGGCAAGGACUCCUCAUCGGCCUUAAAACACAGCCCCUAAGGGACCUCUGACUCUUAGUCCAAGAGAAGGUGAACCGUGCACUCUUGGGUUACAGUAAAGGAUUUUAUUGGCUUCAAAAUCCAAAAGUUUAUUUUCAAAGGUUUUAGAACUAAGCUGCCCUGGCAGUGUGCAUUUUUGAGCCAAACAAUUAAAAAAUAGCAUUUUCUCCCCUAAAUGGAAGCCACCUCGGAUUCUAGCACCUUCUUACAACUUUGAAAUGUGCAAUAAAGAAUACCUGUGUUUCAUUAAUGUAGCAUAUGUAACUGCUAAAUGAUUUAGAGCGUCAUGAAAAAUAACAUUUCCUGUGGAAAUGCUAUAAGAACACGUAUUUCCCUUUAUCCUAUUUUUAGUGUACAUUGGUUGAAUACAGAGCAACAAUGUUUAUAAGUUUGAUUUUUUAAAAUAUCUGGUCAUGAAGACUGUUACAUUAAAAUGUUUACUAAAAGAUCACGCCACUCUCUCCCCUCUUGCUGAGGUUCUCUGUAGUAAUACUUCAUAAAAAUUUCCUUAUUAAUAUUU